GAGGGGGAAACCCCAAAAUUUGAAGGGACGGGGGAACAAAAAAUUGGGAUUUUGGGUAAAAGGACCCCAAAAAUGUGAAUUUUGGGCAAAAGGGCCCCCAAAAUUGGGAUUGGAGGGGGAACCCCAAAAUUGGAAGGGACGAAGGAAUAAAAAAUGUGAAUUUUGGGCAAAAGGGACCCCAAAAUUGGGAUUUUGGGAGGGGAAACCCCAAAAUUGGAAGGAGGGGACCCAAAAAUGUGAAUUUGGGGAUGGGGAACCCCAAAAUUUGAAGGGAGGGAGGCACAAAAAAUUGGGAUUUUGGGGAAAAGAGACCCCAAAAAUGUGAAUUUUGGGCAAAAGGGGACCCCAAAUUUGGAGCUUGGGAAUCCCAAAAUGAAUUUGGGGAUGGGAAACCCCAAAAUUUGAAAGGAGGGAGGCACAAAAAAAAAGGGAUUUUGGGAAAAAGGGACCCCAAAAUUUGGAUUUGGGAGGGGAAAUCCCGAAAUUUGAAGGGAGGGAGGAACAAAAAAUGGGAUUUUGGGGAAAAGGGACCCCAAAAAUGUGAAUUUUGGGCAAAAGGGACCCCAAAAAUGUGAAUUUUGGGCAAAAGGGGCCCUAAAAUUGGGAUUUUGGGGAAAAAGGGGACCCCAAAUUUGGAGGUUGGGAAUCCCAAGAUGUGAUUUUGGGGAGGGGGAAACCCCAAAAUUUGAAGGGAGGGGGGAACAAAAAAUGUGAAUUUUGGGCAAAAGGGACUCCAAAAAUUGGGAUUUUGGGUAGGAAAACCCCAAAAUUUGAAGGGAGGGAGGAACAAAAAAUGGGAUUUUGGGCAAAAGGGACCCCAAAAAUGUGAAUUUUGGGAGGGGAAACCCCAAAAUUGGAAGGAGGGGACCCAAAAAUGUGAAUUUGGGGAUGGGGAACCCCAAAAUUUGAAGGGAGGGAGGAACAAAAAAUGGGAUUUUGGGGAAAAAAGGACCCCAAAAAUGUGAAUUUUGGGGAAAAGGGACCCUAAAAUUGGGAUUUUUUGGGAAGGGGAGCCCCAAAAUUUGAAGGGAGGGGAGCCCCAAAAAUGUGAAUUUUGGGAGAAGGGACCCCAAAAAUUAAAGGGGGGAACCCAAAAAUGUGAAUUUUGAGAAAGGGGACCCCAAAUGUGGAGCUUGGGAAUCCCAAAAAUGUGAAUUUGGGGAGGGGAAAACCCCAAAAUUUGGAUCUGGGAACGCCCCAAAAUUCAGAUUUUAGGGUAAAAUCCCCAAAAUUGGAGCUGGGAAUUGGGGAGGGGCCAAAAUUUGGAGUUUUGGGUUUGGGGAACCCCAAAAUUCGGAGCCAGGGAGCCCCAAAAAUGUGAAUUUGGGAGGGAAAAUCCCAAAAUUUGAAGGGAGGGAGGCAAAAAAAUUGGGAUUUUGGGGAAAAGAGACCCCAAAAAUGUGAAUUUUGGGGAAAAGGGGACCCCAAAUUUGGAGGUUGGGAAUCCCAAAAUGAAUUUGGGGAGGGGGAAACCCCAAAAUUUGAAAGGAGGGAGUCACCAAAAAAAAGGGAUUUUGGGAAAAAGGGACCCCAAAAUUUGGAUUUGGGAGGGGAAAUCCCGAAAUUUGAAGGGAGGGAGGAACAAAAAAUGGGAUUUUGGGGAAAAGGGACCCCAAAAAUGUGAAUUUUGGGCAAAAGGGACCCCAAAAAUGUGAAUUUUGGGCAAAAGGGCCCCUAAAAUUGGGAUUUUGGGUAGGAAAACCCCAAAAUAUGAAGGGAGGGAGGAACAAAAAAUGGGGAUUUUGGGCAAAAGGGACCCCAAAAAUGUGAAUUUUGGGCAAAAGGGACCCCAAAAAUGUGAAUUUUGGGCAAAAGGGACCCCAAAAAUGUGAAUUUUGGGAAAAGGGGGCCCUAAAAUUGGGAUUUUGGAGGAGAAUUCCGGAAUUUGCGCAGCCUCCGGAGCGAUGGCGCCGCUCCAGGCGCUGCUGCUGCUGCUGCUGCUCGGCGCGGGGGUCCCGGGGGUCCCAGGGGUCCCGGGGGUUUCGGGAAUUUCGGAAACUUCCGGAAUUCCAGCGGUGCCGGCCCCGGGAAUGAACCGCGAGGAGCUCCCCGCUCCCUCCCGGCCCCUUCCCCGCCGCCGUCGCUCCGUGGCCGCCCCGUCCUGGCUGCGCUGGGUCCCGUUCCGCGGCCGCAUCCCGGCCGACGCCGUGUCCAGCCGCAACGGCCGCUCGGGCCGCCUGGAGUUCGUCUGCUCCACGGCCGCCCGCGGCUGCAACCUGGGCGCCUUCGACCCCGCGCGCGGCGCCUUCUGCUCCUUCGCGUGGGCUGAGCGGGAGCUGCGCAGCGCCGACUUCCAGCUGCUGCUCAACCCCGGCGGCUUCGAGGCGCUCGACUGGGUGGAUGCGUCCUUCGGCAGCGCCCCCGAGGGCGCCGUGGAGGGAUGUCCCCUCAGCGACCUCUUCGUGGGCCGCAGCCCGGACGGGCUGGGCAAGGCGUCCAGGGAGCAGGAGGCGCUCUUCGUGGCCGUGGACGGCGAGGAGGUUUGGUACAAGUGGUACCAGGUGCUGGUGGUGCGCCAGGGCGCCGCCGGCGUCGCCAUCGCCGACGUGUCCUACAACGGCAGCGCGGCGCUGGAGAGCGCCCGGGACGCGGAGCUGGCCGAGGUGCUGGCGAGGAACGACGGCUGCGAGGCGGCCGAGAGAUCCGUCACCUUGGAGGAGGCCACCGAGGUGGAGCACGGCUGGAGCGCCGAGCUGCCGGCGCUGGCGGCCGCCCGCGGCGUGCUCCGGGCGGCCCCGCUGCUCCCGUCCGAGCGGGGCGGGUGGCACCGGGGCAAUGUCACCGCCGUGCCGUGGGCGGGCGGCGCCAGCGUCGCCGAGUUCGCGCGGCGGAGCCACGAGGCGCGGCGGGAGAUCCCGGCGCGCUCCGAGUGCGCCGUGGUUCUCCGCGGGCUCCGCCGGGAGAUCCGCGUCCCCUUCUCGGCCCGGCUGACCAGGGAGUUCCGCUCCGGCCCCCCGCACCGCGCGGUCAUCGCCGGCUGGGCGCGGAGCCGCGCGGUCACCGACGUCCGCGCCGGCCUCGAGCGCUGCCGCCCGCUCGCCGAGCUCCCGCCGUGCCCCAGCUGAGGAUGAAUCCAUGGAAUUCCGCGUUUCCCCCCCCCCACCACCAAAACAAAAAAGUCCCCGAAAUCCAUGGGAACGCUGGGCCGCGGCGCGGCUCUUCCGUGCUUUCGGCUUUUGCGGCAUAAACUUCACCCCGAAACGCGGGGAAAUGGC